UAACCCCUACAAAAUAAAAGACUUCCGUUUGAGAUAAGGACUGAUCAGUAGGUGUGGUGGCUCUGAGGAGGGCGUGUGUUUGAGGGGAAGCAGCUGAGGAUCCUGGGAUAUUUUAGGAUGACGAUGACGAUGAUGAAGAUGAGGAUGACGCGGGGGGAGGAGCUCUGACGUCACGGGUUUUUCAGCUCCGCAGUGCUGCUGUUUGACCUGAUAAACCGCUGGAAGCUGCGGGAAGGAUCGUUACUGUAACAGCUCUCCUCCUCCUCCUCCUCCUCCUCCUCCUCUUCUUCUCCUCCUCCUCCUCUUCCUCUCUCUCUCUCUCUCUCUCUCUCUUUGUCUCCAUGCGGGUCUCUCUCCCGCACCGACGCAAACACCGGGCCUUCCUGUAGCCGCCGCCCCGGCCUCCCUCUCUCCCUCUCUCCCUCUCUCCUCCGGCCGGCGGAGCCUCCCAGCUGAGCCCCGCUGAGGUGGCCUGGUUCCCGGGGAGAGAUGCUGUAGAGCGGCCGGCGGAGGAGAUGCUUGUUCCGGACUGAAGAGGAGCAGAAAGCAGGAAGAUGUCCGGUAGGACGCCUCUGACCCCGGUGAGCGAGUCCGAACAGGCACCGCCAAAGUGUUCGGACGGGCUCCCCGAGCCGCCGGCUCCACCCACCAAGUCAUCGAGCCGCCACAGUCUGCCGCCAUGUCGCAGCUCGGUGGCGUCCGCCGCAGACGAGCAGCCGCACGUCGGAAACUACCGUCUGCUGAAGACCAUCGGCAAGGGCAACUUCGCCAAGGUCAAACUGGCCCGACACACACUGACGGGCCGAGAGGUCGCCAUCAAGAUCAUCGACAAAACUCAGCUGAACCCCACCAGUCUGCAGAAGCUCUUCAGGGAAGUGAGUGUGAUGAAGAUCCUCAACCACCCAAACAUCGUGAAGCUGUUUGAGGUGAUAGAGACGGAGAAGACUCUGUACCUGGUGAUGGAGUACGCCAGCGGAGGUGAGGUCUUUGACUACCUGGUUGCUCACGGGCGGAUGAAGGAGAAGGAGGCCAGAGCCAAGUUCCGCCAGAUUGUGUCAGCAGUGCAGUACUGUCACCAGAAGAGGAUCGUACACCGAGACCUCAAGGCAGAGAACCUGCUGCUGGACGCAGACAUGAACAUUAAAAUAGCAGACUUUGGCUUCAGUAACGAGUUCACGCUGGGCAGUAAGCUGGACACGUUCUGUGGCUCUCCUCCCUACGCCGCUCCCGAACUCUUCCAGGGGAAGAAGUACGACGGGCCGGAGGUGGACGUCUGGAGUCUGGGAGUGAUUCUCUACACGCUGGUCAGCGGCUCGCUGCCCUUCGACGGACAGAACCUCAAGGAGCUGAGGGAGCGUGUCCUCAGAGGAAAGUACCGGAUUCCCUUCUACAUGUCGACUGACUGUGAAAACCUGCUGAAGAAGCUGCUGGUCCUGAACCCGGGGAAACGAGGCAGCCUGCAGCAAGUCAUGAAGGAUCGAUGGAUGAACGUCGGCUACGACACCGACGAACUGAAACCGUUUACCGAGCCAGAGCAAGACUUCAACGACCUCGAACGCAUCGAGCUGAUGGGGACGAUGGGCUUCCCUCAGGAGGAAGUGAUGAAGGCGCUGGACGGUCAGAAAUACAACGAGGUGACGGCGACGUACCUGCUGCUGGGGAAGAAACCUGCUGAGUUUGAAGGCACUGAGUCUUUGUCCAGCACCAACCUGGUUCAAAGGUCACGACCCUGCAGCGACAUCAAUGGCUCCAGUCAGUCCCCCGCCCACUCUCGCAACGUACCAGCGAGUCAGAAGCAGCGGCGCUUCAGCGACCACGUGGCGCCCUCCAUCCCCCCGCCCGUCUCCUACACCAAACGUUGCCACGCCAACAGCGUAGAGAGCGACAGGAGGGAAGCACCCGCCUCACCCAUGGGAGCUCCAGACCGCAGGAAGUCAGCCACAGCCUCAGGGAGCAUGACCCGGAGGAACACGUACGUUUAUGAGAGGACGGGUGCUGAACGCCACUCCGUCGCUCUUCCCAACGGGAAGGACAGCAGUCUACCUGAGGUCCCCGCAGCGUCCCCCUUCCCGUCACCAGGGGCAACCGUCUCCUCCACGCGCCCCCGUCACGUCAAGUCUAUGUCGGCGUCGGGACAUCCCAUGAAGUCCAGCCUGCCCCCCAUCGAUGACAACGCAGAGUAUCAGAGCUCCCCCCACCAGCCCCCCUCCUCACCUUCAGCCUUCAGCGUCACCAGCAGCAGCAGCAGCGCCACGCCGGACCGGACCCGCUUCCCCCGGGGCUCCUCCAGCCGCUCCACCUUCCACGGAGCUCAGCUUCGAGACCGGCGACCGGCCACAUACAACGGCCCGCCGGCCUCACCCAGCCUGUCGCCGCACGCCGCCGCGUCGCUGGCCACGCCCCGCCGUGGCACCUCAUCCUCCCUCAUCGGGAAGAUCACUUUCAAGUUCGUACGAAGGAGUUUAUCAGGCGAACCCAAAGAGGAGUUGCGGGACUCCAAGCCUCGGUCCCUGCGGUUCACCUGGAGCAUGAAGACCACGUCCUCCAUGGAGCCAGGGGACAUGAUGAAGGAGAUCCGGAGGGUUCUGGAUGCCAACAACUGUGACUACGAGCAGCGUGAGCGCUACCUGCUGUUCUGUGUGCACGGCGAUGCCCGACUCGACACUCUGGUCCAAUGGGAGAUGGAGGUGUGCAAACUGCCCCGCCUCUCGCUCAAUGGCGUGCGGUUUAAACGGAUCUCCGGCACGUCCAUCGCCUUCAAAAACAUCGCCUCCAAAGUGGCCAACGAGCUCAGGCUGUGAACGACUCCCACUUGUUGUGGAAUUAUCCUCAAACUCUGCGAGGAGAACACCUCCGCUCCUCGUCUUCAAAGGAUGACGCCACGCUGAGCGACGGCGGCCACCUGGUGUUCAGCACUAUUCCAGGCUAACUGCUGUAUGACUCAGAGAAAAUACACCUUACUAUACUCAACACAAUUACUAUUUAAUGUUAUCACUAAAUGUUGAUGCCAGUGAAACCAAAUAUAAAAACAGGUGACGGCGCGGACGUUCAGCAGGUUGUGGUUCGUCCCUCAGUGUUGCUUCUCGACAGCCAGGUGGUUUAUCGCUGUGUUUACAUGCACUUUAGAAACCAGACUUUCCCAAAAACCUUAGAAACUGAGUUCUGAAACAAAACCUAAAGUUGAUACUUGGCAUCAGAUCAAAGGGAUUAAAGCUGGUUAUCGGAGGAACCUGAUGAGUCUUAAACCAGGUUUCUGGAGCAGUUUGCAUGUCAGAGAUCCAGGACAGGAGCAGCGUGUUGGGAGAUUUAUCAGACUGCAUGUGAUCUGGAGUUAUGAUAAUAUUGCAGUGCAUGUCAACACAUUAUCCAGUUUCUUGCCUUAACCUGAUACUGCGAACAGUAAUCUGGUUUCUAGAGUGCAGAUAAACCAUCAGGUGAAACGUUACCUCCGCUUCACCUGUGCAAGAACAAAAGCAGAGCUGUGAAUACAGCUACAGUCUGAACCAGAUGUUUAUCUGUCACUACGUGCUCAUCACUGUCUGAUUCACUGUCAAAUUAAUUUGAUUUCGGAGUCGCCCCAAGACCAAGUUGACUAACAGAUGUUAGCUCAUCCGCACAAAAGUAUAGGGAGGAAAGAAUUUAAAUGAAUCCUCGUUUAUCCUCAGCUUUAGUUUUGAUGCUGUAAGUUGCACAGUUGGCAGCCGAGGUAAUGAGUCAUGAAACGUGAUGAACAAUCAGGCUGUGACAGCAUCGUCGCUGUUGGUUGUUUCACUGAGGAAAUGUGACAUCGUGACCUCUGACCUACUGCAGCAGCACGCCCUAUUACUCCCCCUGCUGGCUGAUGUUAAUACUAUUGCAAUAAUAUUGGAGCGUUGCUGAUGGUAUCAACGCUCGGAAACCUUUUCUGGUGGUUCAAACACGAACUGUAAAGCUCCGUGAAUCUUUCAUCAUCAUCAUUUACAGCUGACAGAACAGAAUGUGUUUUGAUGCUUUUGUUUUGUGAGUUAUUUUACUGUUGUUGUAGAAAACGAUGCCUGUCCAGGUGGAAAUAUGCAGGUACAGUGUUGAUUAUUGGUUUCUGUACAGAGUUUUUAUUUGGUUCACACUGUCUACGUCCCUUUUUUUCAGAGAAAAUGUUGUUUUAUUGUUAUUUUAACAGUGAGAUGGAAGUUAGAUUGUUUUGUACAGGUGGUUGUGUUCACACCACUGAGAUGUUCAAUGCACUUCACCUUUUUCAUUCACGUUUCCUGUUUGAACUUAAAGCAUCAGUCUGGUGUUUCUCUGUAUUUUUCCAUCAUUAACAAAUCUCAACUAACGUGCAGAGCUGAACCGACAACAUGUGGGUCCGUCUUUCAGUACUGUUUGACUUUUACAACAGUGUAUUAGAGCCAUUGUAGGUUAGAUGACAUGGAGAUAGGAAGGGGGUGAUAUUCUGAGAAGCAACAACAAAAAACACCCACAAUCUUUCCUGGUUUUUACUCAGAAAAGUGUGACUUAAAUUUUUGAAAAUUUAAUCAAAAAAGCUCAGUAAUUUCUUAAAACAGCCGCUCCCUGCAGCUUUUAUCAAACUGACAGAAGGAGGCAUUAUACAGACAGAAAAAUUAAUUGAUUAACUGAGGAAAAAGUUGCAUUUUUGGGGACUAUUUUCAGCACAAACCAACACUGACAGGUAAAUAAUUAGUGUUGGUUUAGCUGCACAUGGGAUUUGUUGACAAGAAGAAAAAUAUAGAAUAUCAGCAAACCUUUGCUUUAAGCCUGUUUACUCCUGUUCCCUCGUAGAUCAACUCAGACCACUUAAUGCCUUCUGAAUGUACUGCUUUGUAUCUCUUAUGCAUUCAGAGGAAGAAUCAGAGGUUUUUCUUUCAGUUUUUGUAUAUUUUGGAUUAUUUUCCCACUGAUCUUCGGCUGUAUAUCAACAGAGCCACUAACUAGCUCUACUCGUCUCUACAGUGUCGAGGUCCUGAGGGUUCUCUGUGCAAUGGUUCUCUGUUGUUACUGAAACAUGGAGGGCACUUUGUACUGUAUGUUGUAGCACUUAAAACCAGUAAGGGAACAAACAAUGCAAAUCUAAAUGUCCUUGUGUGACUGGGGCGAUGAGAGAGGUUGAAACGUGCAGUGUCCGAAUGUGACGCUGCCUUCAAGUUGUGGGAAACACUGUACGUAAAUCUGAGCCUCUUACUUGAAACUAGCCUUCACCUCAGCUUUCAGAUAGGAACUUGUACCUGGCGACUGCCUCUGAUUUGUCAGGCUUGUCACCAACAGGAACGUAGCAGAAUCCAGUGUAGCCGUGAUAGAUUCAUUUUAAAUAAAAACCACCAAACAUGAAA